AAUCGGUAACUGUGAACGGGAUAGAGGAAUAAAUCAGUAACAGGAAUAGAGAGAGUCAGUUAAGAGGGAGAAUCAGUUACGGGAAUAGGAACAGGAAGAGCGAGCGAGAGAGAGAGAGAGAGGGGGGAGAUAGAGAUAUAGAGUCAGUUGUAGAGUUGUGCAGAGAGAAGUCAGUUAACAGGGAGGGGGAGAGAGUGAGUGAAUCAGUAACAGCCUUAGAGAGGGCGAGCGAGAGAGAGAGAGAGACAGACAGUCAGUUUCUGAGAGAGUAUGGCAGAGAAUCAGUAAAGAGAAAAGGGACGAAAUAGCGAGAAUUGAUAACAAGGAGAGGGGGAGGCGGUCGGUUCAUUAAUCCGUGUCCGGUGGCUCCGGGUCCUUUGCAACUUGGGCUGCUGGGCUGGGAGUGCCUGGGUGUCCCGGACCAGGCCGGGCCGGGCCUGUCUCCGCCCCUCCACAGCUCCAGGACCGGCCGCGCUGAUGGCGCAGACGAGCUGCUGCGGAUGUUCCGAGGAUAUGGAGGUCAUGAUGUUCACCUGUGAUUUAGAAGAAGAAAAGAACGUUAGCUAGAUUGAUCCAAAGAGCAUCACUGAGGCCAUUACUGUGCAAAAGGAAUUGCACACCUUCGCCAGGAUGAAGAAAAUCAGCCUUAAAACCAUCAAAAAAUCCUUCAAUUUGAGCAAAGGCAAAGAUGAAAACGAAUUUGUGGUCGUCCAGCCAUCGUCGCUUGUGAAUGACUUUGGGAAGGAAGAUUCCCUGUUUAGUUGUUAUGGGAAAGAUCUGACUGGUAACGAUAUAAACAAAUCCGACGAGGAUGACAAAGGACCAAAAAAUAAAACAAAAGGUGAAGGGUUGAUGGGUACGCUGAAAAGGAGGCUUUCUGCAAAGCAGAAGCAGAAGCCUAAAGGAAGUUCUCCUUCUGUCGGCUUUGUGGAGGAUGAUCGAUUUUCCUCCUCUUCGACCCCUGCAAGCAUUAAUGAUUUAAAAGCGCAAAGACCCUUAAGGUCCACAUCGCUUCGUGGCCACCAUUACAGUCCUACCCCUUGGCCAUUGCGAUCGACUAGCUCUGAAGAGACCUGUAUUAAGAUGGAGGGUAAAGUUAAGGCAUUGGUUCAUAAUAAUAGCCCGAAUCAGGCAUUAAAUGGAGUUCGUAAAGAGUUCCAUGACAUGCAGACGGACCAUAUGUUUCAAGAACAGAGCAACACAGUCAAGGAAAUUGACUCUCAAAAUGGCAACUCCCAUCCAAAUAUUGAUGAAUCUUGUCAUGUCCCUGUUGUAAUUGGAUUAAUGCCUCAGAACUACAUUCAAUACACAAUGCCUUUAGAUGAGGGAAUGUAUCCUAUGGAAGGGUCACGUAGUUAUUGUCUUGACAAUCCAUUGCCAAUGGAAAUUGCUUCAGUGCCAUCCCAUGUAUGCAGUAGCACACUACAGACAGAUGAAGGACAUAUAGUUCCAGAUUUAGUGGUUGCCUCUGAUAUCUUCUUGGACCCCCCUGUUAAUGGUCUUUUGAUUGGUACUACAGGUGUUCUCUUGCAGAACUCAAGCUCCAACCACACUGAUAUCCCUCCACUGUCUCCACUCCUACCUCCAGGCUCCAAUCAAAUGCAGUUGACGUUUCCGGGAUUUGUCGGUACAGCAGCUCAUGUAGCAGAAAGAGUACGCCAUCAUCUAAACUUUGAUCCAAAUUCUGCACCAGGAGUGGGAAGAGUUUAUGACUCUGUACAAAAUAACGGUCCGAUGGUGGUUACAAGUCUCACAGAGGAGCUGAAAAAACUUGCAAAGCAAGGAUGGUACUGGGGCCCCAUAACACGGUGGGAGGCAGAGGAGAAGCUCGCCAAUGUGCCUGACGGAUCUUUUCUUGUGCGUGAUAGUUCUGAUGACCGAUAUCUUUUAAGCCUGAGUUUUCGUUCCCAAGGCAAAACUCUUCACACUAGAAUAGAACACUCAAAUGGCAGGUUUAGCUUUUAUGAACAGCCAGAUGUGGAAGGACACACAUCCAUUGUAGAGCUGAUUGAGCAUUCAAUUAAAGACUCUGAAAAUGGAGCAUUUUGCUAUUCUAGGUCUCGCCUACCUGGCUCUGCAACGUAUCCUGUAAGACUAACAAAUCCAGUUUCCCGGUUCAUGCAAGUCCGUUCACUACAAUAUCUGUGCCGUUUCGUUAUCCGUCAAUACACUCGAAUAGACUUAAUUCAAAAAUUGCCUCUGCCAAACAAAAUGAAGGAUUAUUUGCAGGAAAAGCACUACUGAGAAGUUUUGAAGUCUUGCAGAUUGCACUUUUCAGAACUGGAAUGCAUUGGAAUAUUUUUUUUAAAUAUAAUUUAUCGAAAAUUAGCUGAAAAAAAAUCAUUGUUUAUUUGAAGGUGUUCCUUCAUUUUGUAAUCACAGGCCUCUAUUCGUUAAUCUCCCCCCAGUCCUUCCACCGUGUACCCAUCUAAAACUAAGUCCAGCCUAUUUACAAAGUAAAGUUGUCGAGGUCUAGCAGUAUUUUCUCAUCUGUGGAAAAAGUACUGAAGCUUGUCCACGCCUAAUCUUUGUACAUUUUACACUAUUAACUCCAGAUUUCUAUCCUUGCCAUCCAGAUCUAUAAAAGAAUCAGUGGAAUAAACUCCCAGGACCUAUCAGAUAACUAAAAGCAAUGAUUGGAACUCAACAUUUUGCUUCUCAACACCUUUUGUUGAACUCCCACUAAUUGGUAAUGAUAUGAAUGAUAUUGAAGCUUUGGUCAUUAAUUAUUUAGCUGUACAUUUAUACAUUGAAAUUGAAUAAAUAUCUUGGUAUAUUCUCGAUAUAUUACAUUUAAAAAAUCUAGUCCCACUAUGUUAACGUCAGUGCUUCUAUUCAAAAUUAGCUGUGCUCAAAGACAAGUGACCUCCCAGGGAAAAGUGCACCAAAUAAGGUAGUACCUGGGCAAUUUAUCUGCUUUAAAAUCAAGCUAGGAUUUGUUUUUAAUUAAAAACAAAAAUGCUUAAUGGAGAAAAACAACAACACAAUGUGUUCAAUUCAGCAGAUGGUAGAGGGGCUCAUAAAUCCAUGUGCAAUUUGCUCUUUAUUUCUGUUUGGCAUAUUAAGCUAAACAGUUGCUGGCAGGCUGAAAGAUCACACCUUGUGCCACUUACCCUUCAGACAAUGUACUGUACUCUGUUUCUCUUUCUUACAUAAUUUUUUUGUACAGACCUCUGUGCAAGUCCAAACCCUAUUUCUUCGAUUGGAAUUAUUUUCCUUAAAAAUUCCUCCUCAGAGUUUAAAAACAUUAUUCCAACAUUUGUCCUUUUUGCAUUUUAAAUUUGUUCAUAUUUUGUGUUUGAUUCAAAACAUUGUCUCCAAUUGUGUUUUUAAGGUAGAGCACAAUGUAGAUUUAUUUUGAAUCACCCUGGUUGGCACAUCAGGUUCUUGUGCCAGUUUGUGCUUGUGAGCCCAGGACCAAUUUUGUAAAAGGCUGUUAUGCCAGUAUUUUGAGUAAUAGUUUAAAAUCCAGUGGGACACCACAUAGAAAUCAGUAAAUAUUGAUAAGUAUUGUCCCUGGUUUUAAAGGGAACUAUUGAGCUUUAUGUGCAUACUUCAAAUUCUGUGCAUUUUGGAUGAAAGGUGUAGGGCACCAGCAUUCAUUUCUUUGAGGUAAUACAGAAUUUUAUGAAUUCCUUUGUUUUCAGUUACACGAAUUGUAAUUUGGAAAUCAUGAUUGAGGACUUUGAGUAAUUGCUUCAUGUCCCUGUGUCCUUGUAGACAUCAGGUAAAGAUUGAUUAAUCAUGCCAAUGAGAUAAAUUGAAUGUUUUUUUGUGUUCUCUUUUAAUCAGUUGGCAUAUUAUUCCUGUAGUUCAUUUGUAUUUCAAUAGACCAGUUGGCUGAAAUUUAUCAAUAAUUUCCUUCCUUUAUUUUUCCUCCUUUUGUUCAUGUACUUUGUGCACUUUUAGGUUGUGUUCAGUUUCACAUUUCCCUGUAUUGCCAUAUAGAAAAAUCUCUGUAGUGUACAGGCAAAAUUGUCCCGAUAAAAUCAUUCAUAAUAUACCAUUUCUUAGUGUGCAUUGUCAUUCGUCACUCAGUAUAACAGUUUCUGAUUGGUCUUCCUCUAUGUCCUGUGAGUGACAUAAGUAAUAAGCCAUUUUGUAUAUUCAAGUAUUAUCAAAUCUGAAAUCACAGGAUUAGAGCCAGUCAGCUGGAAAAUGAUAUCUGCGGCUUAACCAGACUGGGUGCUUUGGAAUUCACUCCGCAAAAUGUUCAGUGCCCAGUAACAUUCAGCUUUGAAUUAUUAAUUUAGCAAUUUUUAUACCCACAGUUUCCUUUUUUUUUAAUUCAACUAUAAUUGGGAUAAUUAAGAAAACACAAAAGAUUCUGCAGAUGCUGGAAAUCCAGAUCAGCACACACAAACGUAGCAGUUCAGGCAGCAUCGAUCGAAAUGAAUAAGCAGUUGAUGUUCAGGGCUGAGACCCUUCAUCGGGACUGGAUAGGAAGGGGCUGACAGACUCCUUUUUCAGCCCUUUGCCUCUUUGUCUGUAACCUCCUAGCUUCUCUCAUCAUUCUCUUUCAUCCCUCUCCCACACCCACCUGCCUACCUACCUGGAAAUGAA